UUUUUUAGAAUGGCUUCAUUUAUUAAAACUAAAAGAGAUUCAGAUAAAUUAGUUUUUGAAGGCCACACUUAUUUCAAACACAGUAUAGCCUCUCAAAACCGAAUUUAUUGGGGGUGUAUUUUACGAAGAAAAAUUAAAUGUAGAGGUUUUGCUGUGACAGAUGUAGACAAUAAAGUAACAGUUACUAAUCAACAUUGCCAUCCUCAAACAUAUGACCCAAUAACCAAUACUUCAUCAACACAUUUGGAUGGGGAAGAGAACAUUAUCCGUGUGCGAACAAAAAUUCCAACACAAAAAAGAAAGCAAAGUCUCAAAGAAAAUGAUUUACAAACAAAACGUCUAAAAUCUGAAGGAAAUUUAAUUAAUGUUAAAUCUGAAUGGGAACACUCAACUUUUGAUGAUUUUGAACAACAGUGUUCAACAACAACAAUAGGCACAUUAAUGCAACAAAUUCAACAAACAGAAAUGGAAUCAAUGAAUGCCCAUCUUUUUGUUGAAUUAAUGGCUCAAUUUUUUGGACAGGGUUGGAUGUUGGGAAGUUCUGGGGGAAUGGCUGCAAUUACUCAAUCUUUGGGGAAUGGAGAGGAUCUUUUACUUGUUUCCCCCUCUUCUGUCCCAAAAGAACGUUUAACAGAACAGGACCUCUUUGCUUUUGAUUUGAAAUGUAUUCAAGAACGUUGUGAUGAUAUUUGUUUAUCUACAAAUCCUAUUUUUGGACCAACACAUUUGAGGCCGAGUGCUUGUACUCCCCUAUUUUUACUUUUGUUACAAUCAACGCCUGGAACUAGUUGUGUUAUUCAUACACAUUCAAAAUAUGCAAAUUUGGUUACUGUCCUCUAUACCCAACGCAACUGUUUAGAAAUUACAAAUCAAGAAAUGCUUAAAGGUGUAAUGGAUCGACGCAAUUGGCGUUCAUUUCAAAAUACUGACAAAUUUAUUCUUCCAAUUGUUGAAAAUAAACCACAAGAGCAAGAUUUACUUCCAAUUUUGAAAGAAGCAAUAGACAAAUAUCCCCAUUCCCCAGCAUUUCUUGUUAGACGACACGGAUUAUUUGUUUUGGGUCCAAGUUGGCAAAAAGCUAAAGUUAUGCUGGAAUGUUUAGAAUAUUUAUUAGAAUUAAUUUGGGAAAUGGGAAAGGCGGGAAUUGAUGAUAUAUAA